AUGGGACAACGCAUCGACAUCUUUUCGCAAAAAGCCGGCGCUGGGGACAUUGCGCAGCUGCACGCGACGGAUAAUGGAAAUGUGAUGAUGAACGCGCUGCCGCGGGAUUCACGCAAUCGCUGGGUGAACGUCCGGGAUCAGGACGGGUAUUACGUGAUCCCCUACCAGAUUACCGGGCAGUUUGAUUCCGAGGAAAAAUCGAUAAUCGUCGGGGCGAUGCAGCGGAUUGCCAACAACACGUGCAUCAAAUUCAAGCCGGCCAGCGGCGAGCGCGACUACGUGGAGAUACAGAAUAAGCAGAACGAGGGGUGCUACACGAUCGUGGGCCGGCAACCGGGGCGUAACGUCGUCAUGCUGGAGGCGAACGACAUGGCCACGUGCGUCGAGCCUGACAUUGUAAUCCACGAGCUGUUCCACUCGAUCGGGCUGUGGCACGAGCACAUGCGCACCGACCGCGACCAGUUCAUCCGCGUACACUUUGAGAAUAUCCCCAGCUAUUACCAGUCUCAAUUCGAGAAAGUGACGCCGGAAGAGACGACGUCGUACGGGAUUCCGUAUGAUUAUCGAUCCGUCAUGCACUACGCGGAAGACGCUUUCGCUCGACCCUCGACGAUCAGCAUGGAGACGAUGGAUCCGAAAUUUCAGAAAGUGAUCGGGAAGGCGCCGGACGCCUCGGCGAGCGAUUACGGCAAAGUUUGCAUCAUGUACGGGUGUGGCCAAUGCAUGGGGAAACCAUUUGACGAGAAAACGUUCGUGAGCUCUUUGAAUGGCGUCUCGGCUCUACCCACCGCGCCGCCGGUGCCAACACGGCCACCGAUUGUGCCCCAAAUCAUCGUGGAGGGCGGCGGCGUUACCGAUGGGUCAGAUUGUUUCGAUCUGCUGAGCCCGAUCUGCUCGAUGGUAUCGUCGGGGAACUUCUUCUUCUCUUGCUCCUCAUCGUUGACAAGCCGGAUCUGCUGUCGGACCUGCCGGAAUAUGGCCACAAAUGAUUCCAACGGGCGCGGCAGCAGCUUGCUUGGCCUCUUCGGCCGCUUA